UACCCCAAAAACUACUGAAAUAAAUAAAAAAAAAACCGCACAAAAUAAAAAUUACCCAGUCUGUGGUAUUCUGUUAGAGCAACCCAAGAGACCAAGUCACUCAGAUAAUGAAUUAGUUAGCUACGCCUGUGAAAUAUUUCAGGUAACUUAACAUACCUUAGUUGUGGAAGAUAAGAAAUUCAGUAACUUUAAAUGGAAUCUGAAACCAUUCUUCCUAUAAAGUUAAUUUCAAAAGCACUGCAGCCUCUUAAAAAUAAUAUUCUCUCCAAGAACAGAAAGGCAUUUUUUUUUUUUUUGAGAUAGUCUCACCCUGUCGCCCCACACAUUAUACGUUAUAUAAGUGGGACAUUCAGGUUGUAAAAUGAUACUCAAUAGCUACCUGCCAAUCUUGAAUACUCCUGCAAAAACAAAUGCUGCUGCACCAAGAUGUUCUUCAGUUGAGUUGUUCAUACCUGAGUUUACUAGGAAUACCUUGCUAUUACCAGGGAACUUAGGCACAGAUGAUCUCAAAGCAGACAGGAGACAGAAGUCACACAAAUCACACUGAAAGGCAGAAGCACAUGCUAUACUGUCAGAGUUGUCCUUCUUAAAGGAACGACCGGCUCAGUUGUCUGGCCCCGCCGACCCACGACCCACGACCCACGACCCACCGACCCACGAAUCAGCCCGGCCGUCGUGUGCACCAUGUCUGGCUCCUCCAGUGUCGCCGCUAUGAAGAAAGUGGUUCAACAGCUCCAGCUGGAGGCCGGGCUCAACUGCGUAAAAGUUUCCCAGGCAGCUGCAGACUUGAAACAAUUCUGUCUGCAGAAUGCUCAACAUGACCCUUUGCUGACUGGAGCAUCUUCAAGUACAAAUCCCUUCAGACUCCAGAAAGUCUGUUCCUUUUUGUAGUAAAAUGAAUCUUUCAAAGGUUUCCCAAACCACUCCUUAUGAUCCAGUGAAUAUUCAAGAGAGCUACAUUUGAAGCCUGUGCAAAAGCUUAUCCCUGUAACACAUGUGCCAUAAUAUACAAACUUCUACUUUUGUCACUCCUUAACAUCUACCUCUCUGAAUUUUCAUGAAUUUCUAUUUCACAAGGGUAACUGCUUUAUAUACACUGGCAGCAGCAUACAAUAAAACUUAGUAUGAAAAAAA